UAAAAAUCAAGGGCUGGCAAAACAAAAAACCAUGUAAGACAAUUUAGAAGAUUACGCCAUCUAUUAAGAAAAUCAGAAAACCAAUAGUUUUGGGGUUUUUAUGCAUACUGGCCUCGGUCACACUUUCUGCUGUCUCAUUGUAAACAAGUUUAAAAAUUUUUUAAACUUCCACCAAAAAAUGACACCUCCAGCAGACAGUCCCCGCGAGAUUGGCUUCGACAGGCAGUUUUCCGUGGAUGUGAAUGGAGUGGCCUCGGAAAUAGUGUUCCACGGCUUCGCUAACAAGUGGUUCCUAGUGGUGACCCAACUGGGCAAGAUUCCCGGCAUCUACAACGUGCACUUCGAUGUGCAGAGGGACGAGCGGGUGGUUCCCUUUAUCCAUGGACCCGUGGUCAGUCCUGAGUAUCACGUUUCCGUCCCCAUCACGAUGAACUGUUGCCUGGGUCUGGACACCGAUGAGACUCGCAGCGCCAUUCAAUUUUUGGUCAACAGAACCGGACUCCACAAGUGUCCCACGGAUUUCGUGGUGGGACUAGGUCUUAAACAAAUCGACGGACCCAAUCUGAAAGCCCUGGCCAAAGUUUUAGAGGAGGUGGUCUUCUAGCUUUUCUUAUCGUAAAUAAACAGUGGCUGUGUGACAGUUUUUGUACAAAAUGCCUCGUAUAUAUACAUAUCCCAUUUUCAUAUGACCAUUCUGAAGACUAUCGCAAUAAAUUUAGGAAUACUGUUAACAUCGAUGUCAGCAUUCUUCGAUAUCGAUAGCUUUGUGUUGACAUUUGUGGCGCAAUUUCACUUAAAUUUUUUAAGAAUUUUUAUUGUUUAUGGAUUUGCGCCUGUUGCGCUCCGCCGUAAUCGGCCCCUGCGGCCUGGAGGCACAGGACCUGGUGGAGAUCUCCGGUUCGGUGGAAAGCGGCAAGAGUCUGGUGCUCCAGCAAUUGAUUGCCCACUGCUUGGCGCCCUACAAAUUCGGGGGCCGCGAAUGGAGCGUCCUAUUGAUAAAUCUCAGUCACAAGAUUAGCCGGGAGUCGCUGACCAAGAGCCUGAAGGCGGAGUUGCGAGCGAACUCGGAAGUUGGAACAGAAGGUCCAGAGGAUUCCCCACAUAAGGAGCAGCUGCUUGCCGAGAUUGCCGGUGAAUGUCUACGUCGCGUGCGCUUCUUCAAUUGCUUCUGCACCGAGGAUGUCAACAUGGCCCUAGUCGAUUCCCGCUUUGCGGUCCUCCAAAAUCCUAGCGUGCAACUGGUUGCUCUCGACACCCUGAGCGAAUUCUACUGGCUAGAUUUUGCCCAGAGAACCGAAAAGUUGUCUAGAUUUCGGCACUAUCGAUUAUGGCAGGCGCGUCUGGAAAGGCUCUGCAGGGAGGCCAUCGUCUGCGGAAUGUAUACGGUAGACUCGGCAUUCCUGGAGGACAAAUAUGGCGAACCUCUACCGAGGGUUCAAGUGAAUCACCACUUCAAAAUGCAAAAAAUUAGGGGAAGAAUUGCUGUGAACGGGCAGCCAGUUGAUUUUGUUUAAGGAAUUUACCGAGGCAGCUAACAAAUGAAUCUUGGAAUCUUCUUAACCCUGAAAAUCUGACAAUUUGGAAGGACUUGCUUUACUCAAACAAAUUGUACAUCUUACUUUAACAAGUCCAAUUUAUCCAAAUGGAAAAACUUUAGAAAUAUAUUGAUGUUUAACGUUGAACUUGA